GUUUCCGUAAUUUCGUGGCAGCCCCGGGCCUUCGUGAUCCGGAACUUCCUCACCGAGCACGAGUGCACCCAUAUAGCGGACCUGGCGCAGGUCCACAUGCGCCGAUCCACCGUAGUGGCCGACAACGGAUCCAGUGUGUUGGACGAUUAUCGUACAUCGUACGGCACAUUUAUCAACCGUUACCAGACUCCGGUCAUAGCGGCGGUGGAGGACCGCGUGGCUCUGCUCACCCGCACUCCCGUGGUGUACCAAGAGGACAUGCAGGUUCUCCGCUACGGUCUCGGUCAGUACUACCACCGGCACACGGACAGCCUGGAGAACGACUCACCGCGCAUGGCCACCGUAUUGCUGUACCUGUCUGAACCAGAGCUGGGCGGGGAGACGGCCUUCCCGCAGGCCGCCAGCUGGGCGCACCCCGCCAUGGCGCAGCUAUUCGGACCCUUCUCAGAUUGUGUCAAGGGCAAUGUAGCCUUCAAGCCCCGGAGAGGUGACGCACUGCUGUUCUGGUCGGUUAAACCAGACGGCCGUACGGAAGAUCCGUACAGCGAGCACGAGGGCUGUCCCGUGAUUCGCGGUGUGAAGUGGACCGCCACCGUGUGGGUCCACACGCAGCCCUUCAGACCGGAGGACUUCCCUCCCCAACCCCGUUCCCGUCUAUCAGGCUUGUGUACGGACCGUCACGCGGAAUGCCCCCGAUGGGCUAGGGCGGGGGAGUGCGACAACAACUCCAACUACAUGAAGGGGGACGCCAACCAAGUGGGCUCCUGUCGCCGUACCUGCGGCGUGUGUGAGGACUGCGAGCUAGGCGACAGGGACUGCUACAACCGCAACAGGGAGAAGCAGGGCUACCUUGUGUAUCACCCGGAGGAGCUGAUAAGCGGGCGGGGGGCGGGGGAGGCGGGGUUGGACUGGAGGGAAGGGGGGGCAGCGCUGUGA